CGAAAUCUAACAGGGUUGUCGAAGCAGCCGCGGCGGACGGCAUGAGGUGGCAUCUGGAGUUGCGACCAUGGUCGGUAUUCCAUCAUGGGUGUUGACCGGCGAGUCAACGGGCGAGCACCUCUUCAGUCUCCACACAUCAACGGACGGAGCAUCGAGCUGGCCAUGGAAUAACAUUUUGCCUUUUCCAUUAAAAAAUCAUCAAGGCUUGGCGCUUCUCUGACCUCGCUGCGCCCUGGCUCUCGCCCUCCGAUCCCAAGCAGCGCCGCACCCAGUGCCGCGAUGGAAUCCGAAUCCCCCGUGGCCGUCGUGACGGUGCCGUUCCCGGCGCAGGGCCACCUGAACCAGCUCCUGCACCUAUCCCUGCUACUCGCCUCACGCGGGCUCCCCGUCCACUUCGCCGCGCCGGAGCCGCACCUCCGCGAGGCCCGCGCGCGCCUGCACGGCUGGGACGCCGCCGACUCCCUCCUCGCCGCCGUCCGCUUCCGCGCUCUCGAGAUCCCCGCUUGCGCGUCCCCUCCCCCGGACCCCUCGUCCCCGUUCCCGGUGCACGUGCAGCCCCUCUUCGAGGCAUUCUGCGCCGGCGCGCGGGCCCCACUCGCCGCGCUCCUGGCGGAGCUCUCCGCGUCCCACCGCCGCGUCGUCGUGCUGCACGACCGCAUGGCGGCGUUCGCCGCGGCCGAGGCUGCGCGGCUGCCCAACGGCGAGGCGUUCGGGGUGCACUGCCUCGCCGCCUCCUACAACGUCGGGUGGAUGGACCCCGGGCACCGCCUCCUGCGGGAGCACGGCCUCGUCUUCCACCCGCCCGACUCCUGCGCGACCAAGGAGUUCGUGGCGCUUGCCAAGCGGAUGGGCCAGGAGCGCAGGCGCGCCCCUGUAGCCGGGAUGGUCGUGAACACCUGCCGCGUGCUCGAGGGCGAGUUCCUCGACGUGCUGGCGGGGAUCCCCUCCUCGGACGGCCACAAGCUGUUCGCCGUUGGGCCUCUGAACCCGGUGCUCCUCCCCGACGCGAGCAGGAGCGCGCGGCCCCUGGCGGAGAGGAACGCGCCCGCGCGGCACGAGUGCCUGCAGUGGCUCGACAAGCAGCCGCCGUCGUCGGUACUGUACGUCUCGUUCGGCACGACGUCGUCGCUCCGGCCAGAGCAGGUGCGCGAGCUGGCAGCCGCGCUGCGCAGCAGCAACCAGCGGUUCAUCUGGGUGCUCCGCGACGCCGACCGCGCGGACAUGCGCGAUGCCGCGGUGAGUCACGGGCGCCUCGCCGUCGCGGCGUCCGAGCUCGGCGACGCGACGGCGCGAGGGGCCGGCGUUAUGGUCACAGGGUGGGCGCCGCAGCUGGAGAUCCUGGCGCACUGCGCGACGGCUGCGUUCAUGAGCCACUGCGGGUGGAACUCGACCGUGGAGAGCCUGAGCCACGGGAAGCCCAUCCUGGCGUGGCCCAUGCACAGCGACCAGCCCUGGGACGCCGAGCUCGUGUGCAAGUACCUCAGGGCCGGCGUCCUCGUGCGGCCGUGGGAGCAUCGCCACGACAUCACGCCGGCAGCCGCGAUCCGCGAGGCGAUCGAGAGGGUGAUGGCCUCGGACGAAGGGACUUCGAUGCAGCUGCGGGCGACGGCACUCGGGGAGGCCGUCCGCGACGCCGUGGCCGAGGGCGGGUCGUCCAGACGGGACUUGGAUGACCUCGUUGCGUACAUGACGAGGUAAUCGCUGCGGCGAUUGUGCCGCAUGGUGCUGUUCGAACUAACAAUUUGAUGCUAUCUAAGCAAUUUGAUUUGAAUGUUACUUACGAAAGCAAAGGCUUAAGGUGAUUUGGAUUUAAGCGCGUUGUGGAGAGGGGUGUUCCCAGAAUCGCUUUUGCGAUAAGCUCUACGAGGUCAUUUACAACGCGAACGCUUGGCCGGGCGCUCGCGGGUGGUUGCUGUUUUUUCUUCCACGAUGGAGGUUCACAGGAGCGCUUGCCGUGGCGUCGCUGCUUGCUUAAGCCGUCGACGCCUCAUGUCGUUUUCAGCGUGGAAACAGACAGUUGCAGCCCGGAUAACGGGAGAUUAGCAUGGAAAAUUAGUUGAUCUCAUUGUAGCUUAAGACUCUUAUACAAUAACAUCAUUAUUUUCUCUUUUUAAACAUA